AUGCCGGUGCGCCUCUACAUGGACUGCGAGGAGUACCACAUGGGCGACCUGACAGGAAGGUGGGCCAGGUUCACCUUGACGGUUGAGGGGGCCGAGGUGCGCCUCUACAUGGACUGCGAGGAGUACCACCGCGUGGCGUUCAUCAGGAGCCGUCAGCCCCUCACCUUCGAGGCCAGCUCGGGUGUCUUCGUGGGCAGCGCAGGGGCCACGGGCCUGCCCCACUUUGUGGGCUCCAUCCAGCAGCUGCUGCUCAAGUCGGAUCCCACGGCCCGUGACGACCAGUGCGAGGAGGACGACCCUGACGUGUCUGGAAGCGGCGAUGACACUUACGAGGACAUGGAGGGAAAAGAGGAAGUCAAGAAAGUUGUGGAAGAGAAGGAGUACAAAAAAGAACUGCUGCCCCCAACACUCAGUAGCCCGGUCCGAGCACCCCCCACCGAGAUGCCUACCAGUUAUGAUGAUGAUGAAACUGGAGACGACAUGGAAGAGGCUUCUGGGCAGGAAAUGCAGACGACCACACCCACGGUUACAGUGCGACCAGUCCAUUCAGCAACAGCAGCCCCCAAGUCCAAUACUAUGUCUUCGGGACAAAAAGGUGAGAGAGGUGAGCCAGGUGCGCAAGGCCCCCCAGGACCUGACGGCCCACCGGGAGAAGGCUCGGAAUUGGCAGGAGAACCUGGACCACGUGGUCCGCCGGGACCUCCAGGGCCUCAGGGCCCUCCUGGAGCCGCAGGAAAAGACGGACAGCAUGGAGCAAAAGGAGAAAAUGGCACUCCGGGAGCCACUGGCCCUCCGGGAUUCCCAGGCCUUGGAGGAGAGCCCGGACCCAAAGGAGAAAAAGGCGAUACUGGGGUUGGACAGCCAGGCCUUCCCGGACCUCCCGGACCUCCAGGCCGCUUCUCCUCCAAAUUCUUGGAGGGCUCAGGCUCAGCUUUGGGCUUUGACGACUUGGACGCCGAUAUGGAGAUCAUUCGAGGACCCCCCGGCGCUCCAGGACCCCGCGGCCCCCCUGGGAUCCCGUCUGAGGAAGUCAUACCUGGACCACCUGGACUUCCCGGGAAAGAUGGAGAAAGAGGACAAACUGGACUUCCUGGAAUGGAUGGACACAAAGGAGAACAAGGACCUGCUGGAGAAAAGGGAGACACGGGAGAACCUGGAGUAGACGGCCAACCAGGACCUAAGGGAGAUCAGGGCCCUCAGGGCUUCCCCGGACUUGCCGGCCCCGAAGGUCCAGAGGGCAGGGUUGGGCCCCAGGGUCCAGCGGGUCCUCCUGGACCACCCGGCGCCCCAGCCAAAGGCUUGCCGUUUGACAUUGAGGGUCAUCCAGGAGCUCCUGGACUCCGAGGACCAAAGGGUGAAGAAGGCCCCCAAGGUCCUGCUGGAGAGCCAGGUCUUAAGGGGGAGUCUGGUGAUGCAGGUCCACCAGGUUUAGCAGGACCAGAGGGAUCCAAAGGUUCUGAGGGUCUUAAAGGAGAUCCCGGCGCUGUUGGACAAAAGGGCGAGCCAGGACGCGAUGGGCUCACACUACCUGGCCCUCCAGGACCUCCCGGACCUCCAGGACCCGUUGUCAACCUCAAUGAACUCCUACUCAAUGACACAGACGGCGUCUUCAACCUCUCAGGGAUUUUUGAGGCUCAGGGAUCGGCUGGAAAACAAGGCCCCAAGGGAGAUCCAGGAGUGCAAGGUGUUGAAGGACCUCCAGGACUCAAGGGGGAGAAAGGCGAGCCGGCAAUUAUCAUCUCCGGAAACGGAUCCACCUAUGACCUGUCUGCUCUAAAGGGGGACAAAGGAUACAAAGGCAACAUCGGUGCAACUGGACUUCCCGGACCACUCGGACCGAUCGGAAUGCCAGGACCAAAAGGGGACAUCGGCUUCCCCGGAAGACCCGGUCGUGCUGGCGUGACGGGACUCAAAGGAGAGAAAGGAGAAUCUGUCGGCAGACCUGGACUCCCAGGCCCUCCCGGACGACCGGGCCGCCCUGGAAUGUUCCGAUGCCCCAACGGAACUGUGUUCCCUGUCCCUGCCAGGCCCUUCUGCAAAACACCGCUCAAUCUCAACGGAAGCGCUGUGAUCGGUAACUAUCAGGACGGGAUGAAAGGACAAAAGGGAGAACGAGGAAUUCCUGGCAUCCCGGCGCCACCUAACACUUUCAGAGGACGCUUGGGAGUGAAGGGCGAACCAGGCAUCGAUGGAGAAAAAGGAGAAAAGGGCGAGUCAGGUUUGCCCGGGCAACCAGGUGCUCCCGGGAAACAAGGGCCAGUGGGACCCAAAGGCGAGUCUGUACUCGGACCACAAGGCCCCCGCGGAGAACCGGGCACCCCGGGCACGCCGGGCUAUGGAAGACCUGGUCCAGCGGGACCCCCCGGACCUCCGGGGCAAACCGGAAGCUGGUCGUUAGGCUUUGGUAAAAAAGAUGCGCGUAUCCCUGGACCACCUGGACCCCCUGGACCUCCUGGCCCAGCCGGAGCCCCUGGCCCACGUGGACCAUUCGGAGGUUCUGCUGCUGUGACUACGUUUUCCACAGUUGAGUCCAUGAUGCAGAAGACGGCCAGGGAGGCUGAGGGCAUGCUGGCCUAUGUCAUGUCCACAGGAAGCCUCUUCCUCAAAGUGUCCAAGGGUUGGAAGGAGAUCCAGCUCGGCAGUCUGCUCCAACUCUCCAGUAACAUCCUCCCACAAGACGAGCCUCGUGCUGCCCAGCAAAUAUCAGGCGGCACAAUUGAACGAGUGCGCUCCGUCACUGACAGGCUCAACCUGGUGGCCCUGAAUCAGCCGCACACGGGAGACAUGACGGGGCUGGACACGGCCGACCGGCUGUGCUACGAGCAGGCCAAGGCCAUGGGCCUCGCCCCCAACUACCGCGCCUUCGUCUCAUCCAACAAGCAGGACCUGGUUCACGUGGUCUACCCUGGCUUCAGGGACACUCUGCCCAUCACCAACCUCAGGGGAGACGUGCUCUUCAGGAACUGGAAGUCUAUCUUCACUGGCGAAGGAGGUGCCUUCAGCACCAGGAUACCCAUUUAUUCCUUUGACGGACGCGACGUGAUGGCCGAUCCUUUCUGGCCCGAGAAGAGCAUCUGGCACGGCUCCAGCCCGCGAGGUCUGCGCCUGGUGGACAAGCACUGCGAGAUGUGGCGCGCCGACCACGUGUCGGUGGCGGGCCAGUCGUCCGCCCUGACCUCCGGUUUGCUGCUGGGCCAGCAGACGCGGAGCUGCUCCAACGACUAUGUGGUCCUCUGCGUGGAGACCCACAAGAACACCUAAGAACCGGUCCCCGAGGAGUCUGAACCCACCUUGAGGGCACAGUGCCGAGACCUCCCGUCCGUGCCGCAACGCGUCGUCCCUUUGGCACAUAAAAUGAAGCAUUGCUGGGGCCAGUUUUCACUUUUUUUUGCCAACUCUGGUAGGGAAUGUGCUAGAUUUUAGGUUGCUGCACCUCUUGCUGCCCCAACCGAAGAGACCCUUUUUUUUUUUCUUCUUCUAUGAUCCCCCAAAUCGUCACCAAUUGUCCACUCCAAGGGAAGUAAAAGACAGCUCUUGAGGGCUGUUUUGUUUUGUUUACAGGUUGUCACGGAGAUGUUUGAAGCAGUUUCCACUACUUUCAUUGCGUCUUUCCAUCAGACAGCCAGUGACCGAUAAAUUUGAUGCACUGUACUUCAUUUCUUUGCUAAAUCUUCAUUUUGUUUUCAUUUGUGGUGUUGGCUCAGCACCGGGUUAUUUAAUUUAAAUCCAUUAUUUAUACUGUCAGAGCACAUAAACAUAUGAAAUCAGAAGAGAAAAUCUAAGUCAUGUAAUUUAUCAUUUGUUGUUUGUUUGUGUGUUUUUCUAUUUGUUUUGCUACUAUCGUAGAAUGGAGGUGAGUCGGGAUGCUUAUUUUGGAGGGUUCAGCCUUCCAUGUGUCUUGCUAUAUAUUUUCAUGCUGAAAAAAAUGGAGAAAAACAAAUUCCAAGAAUCGGUUGGUGCUUUGUUAAAAAGAAUAAAGUUUUCUCAUUUCAU